AUGGAAGAAUUGCCAGGAACACAUUUGGGUUCCAACCACAUGACGAAUCCCCCUGUCGUGAUACAAAAUGCUAACACUAAUCCUGUUCAGUUCAAGAUGUACACAGAAGACCAGGGCCCAGCGACUUUUGUCUGUCACCGAUGUAAGAAGUCGUUCUACAACCCGGUAGCCCUACAGAACCACAAGAACAUGCAGCAUGACGCCGACACUUCCGGCAGCGAGAGCGAUCAUAUAGCCCCGUUUAUUAGGUCUAGCGACCAGAUUUUCAAUGACUUCUGCGGUUUCAAGUUUAUCCCCCAAAAGACUAACGACUCAGACCCUACCAUCGUCCAGGAUGGCAUUACAACUAGAACAUUCUCCGAAGAUGUAUCCUACCUCAUUGUGAAAAUUGAAGGGUACGAUCUAGAUCUGAACUUGAGCCUCAAAAGGUCACGGUUGGAAGGGGCCGUGAAGAAGGCCAAGCAUAAAGCGGGGAAGCCGUCUGUUGAUCUAAGAGGCCCAUUUACCUGUACGCUUCCAUCAGCGCUGUAUCCAGACCUUCAAUGUCGCCAAAUCUUCUUCAACUGUUGUGACUAUUCCAUGCAUUAUAGAGAAGAACACACCAAACGUAGGAAAGCCGCCCUUCGCUGCCAAGUCUGCGAAAAAAGACUUGACACUGACGUGUACCAAACCCCUACCGUUACCCCUCAACUACAACCCGUCAAUAGAGUUAAUUUCACUUGCCACAUAUGCAGACAGACCUUCCUAACGAACGCCCAAUACGAUGAGCAUAACAGAAUUGUCCAUGCAAAGAUCAAACCACACCAAUGCUCGAUUUGUGCAAAGAGAUUCACCCAACAGGGCGGUCUACAACAGCAUAUGCGGAUGCAUACAGGCGUUAGGCCCUUUGCCUGCUCGUUUUGCCCUAAAGCCUUCACCCAAAAAGCUGGAUUAGACCAGCAUUUACGUACGCACACGAAGAUAAAACCAUUCAAAUGUGUCAUUUGCAGCAAGUGCUUCUCGCAGUCCGUGCAUUUGCGCCAACACAUGCGAACUCACACUAACAUACAGCCUUUUGAAUGUUUCGCAUGUGGUAAGCGGUUUAAGCAAAGCAGCCAUUUGAAUUUCCAUAUGAGGUCUCAUGUUGGGGACACAUCUUCGCUGGUGGUGGAACGGUACGCCCAAGAAGUGCCACACCAGAAUCAGUUGGAGUUUUUGAAUCUGGCUAAUUUACAGCCGGUGCAGGACGGAGAAACCUUGUAUUACGCUGCUGAGUUGGCUGCAGCGCCGCAGCAUAAUUGUUACAACUAUCAGUCCCAGGAAAUGUUGCCAGAAAAUGUCCUCUCUUUUUAA